AUGAUAAUGCGUCUCUCCAAAGCCCUGAUAGACAUGGAGAUGGCAGAUUAUAGCGCAGCUUUGGACCCAGCUUACACCACUCUGGAGUUUGAGAACAUGCAGGUGCUGGCCAUGGGCAACGACACAUCUCCAUCAGAUGCGACAAACCUCAGCGCCUCCAAUAGCAUUGGGGUGAGCGCACUGUGCGCCAUCUGCGGGGACCGUGCCACGGGGAAGCACUAUGGGGCCUCCAGCUGUGAUGGCUGUAAAGGCUUCUUCAGGAGGAGUGUCAGGAAGAACCACAUGUACUCCUGCAGGUUUAACAGGCAGUGUGUGGUAGAUAAGGACAAAAGAAACCAGUGUCGAUACUGCAGGCUAAAGAAGUGCUUUCGAGCAGGGAUGAAGAAAGAAGCUGUACAGAACGAACGUGAUCGAAUCAGCACCCGGCGAUCCAGUUAUGAAGACAGCAGCUUGCCUUCCAUCAAUGUCUUACUGCAGGCAGAAGUCCUUGCACAACAGAUAUCAUCACCAAUUUCUGUGAUCAACGGAGACAUCCGAGGGAAGAAGAUUGCAAACAUAACAGACGUGUGUGAAUCCAUGAAGCAGCAGUUGCUUGUACUGGUGGAGUGGGCCAAGUACAUCCCGGCCUUCUGCGAGCUUCCCUUAGAUGAUCAGGUGGCAUUGCUGAGGGCACAUGCAGGAGAGCACCUGCUCCUAGGAGCUGCCAAGAGGUCCAUGGUGUUCAAAGACAUCUUGCUAUUAGGAAAUGACCACAUAAUCCCACGGAACUGUCCUGAGCUGGUAGAGGUGAUCCGUGUGACCAUCCGAAUCCUCGAUGAGCUGGUCCUGCCAUUCCAGGAGCUGCAGAUUGAUGACAAUGAAUAUGCCUGCUUGAAAGCCAUCAUCUUUUUUGACCCAGACGCCAAAGGGCUGAGCGACCCCACCAAGAUCAAGCGGAUGCGGUACCAGGUGCAGGUCAGCCUGGAGGAUUAUAUCAACGACCGGCAGUAUGACUCGCGGGGUCGCUUUGGCGAGCUGCUGCUCCUGCUGCCCACCCUGCAGAGCAUCACCUGGCAGAUGAUUGAGCAGAUUCAGUUUGUCAAACUCUUUGGGAUGGCCAAGAUUGACAACCUGCUGCAGGAGAUGCUGCUAGGGGGCUCAUCAAGUGAAACACCUCAUGCUCACCACCCUCUGCACCCGCAUCUGAUCCAGGAGAAUCUGGGGACGAACGUCAUAGUUGCGAACACGAUGCCUGCUCAGAUGCACAAUGGGCAGAUGUCCACUCCAGAAACUCCACAGCCUUCCCCCCCUGCAGGCUCAGGAUCUGAGCAAUACAAGCUACUCCCUGGGGCCAUCGCUACUGUAGCAAAACAGCCAGCCUCAAUCCCACAACCCACCAUCACAAAACAAGAAGUCAUCUAG